AUGCAGCUGAAGGGUGAUAAGUGCAUCGGCGGUAAGAGGAGCAAAGAGCGCCUUACUGUGUUGCUGUGCACCAACAUGUCAGGAAAAGAAAAACUGCAACCAACUAUCAUCGGCAAGUUCGAGAAGCCUCGUAGCUUCCGAGGUGUGCGACAUCUGCCCGCAAAUUACCGCCAGAGUAAGAAAGCAUGGAUGACAACCCCCCUUUUCCUGGAAUUCCUCCGAUGCCUUGAUGCAAAAAUGGGAUGGAAGGGAAGGAAAAUUCUCCUCUUCGACCAUUGA